AUGGUACUUUUCGAUGAAAUUAAAGAUGACAAAUACAGUUCCUUGUGGACUUGGUAUUUGAAUUGUAUUAGAAAUGGUGAAUUUGAAGAACUUUUGAAGGAGGAAGAUAAAUAUCGUUCUAUCUUAAAUAAAAUCAGAGAGACACUCCAAACACAUGCAAGGAAUAUAGAAAUGGAGGAGGAGGAUGCAAAUAUCAGCGAUGGCAAUAUCUUAUUCCUAUCCCUUCACUAUACCUUGGACAAGGAUAAAGAAAUAAUUGAUGAUUUCUUAGUUGAUAAUUUCCCUAAUGUUGAUCUUUCUAAUAUCGUAAUCAGGGAAAUAUGUAAUAAUAAUAUUAAUUCAGAGCACUUUAAAAAGGAUCACGAAACAUAUUAUAUGGUGAUUGAUAGUUUGAACAAACUAUUAACAACAUCUAUUGAAGAAGUCUCUGUUUCUUGUCACCGGGACGACACUUCGAAUAUUGAUAGAUACAAAGAGCAGAAUUCGGAAUUUGAAUAUGUUAAUCAAUCCACCCAGGCUAAGGAUUUAGAUGAGGAAGGAUCAUAUGUAAGUUCAUCAGAAAAUGAUUCGGGAUUAUCCAUUGAAUUAAACUUUAAAACAAAAUUUAAUAGAAAUAAAUUUCAAAAUAGCACAACAGAAAUUGCAAAAGCUGAAGCGAAUCAUGCCGUAGUUAAACCAAGUAACAAUGCAUCUAUUUACUCACGUUCAGAUAUUGAAUCGAUUGAUAGUUACUCAGAUCUGAAUUCCAGGAAUUUGAAUACGCAUUAUGAUGGACAAUCAUUAAAAUUAACACAUCAUAAGGACAAUCUCUUAAAAAAUACAACAAGUUCUUUAGAUAGUGGUCAAAAUGACAAAGCUGUAGAACGACUAGAUGAUGAAGCCACAUCUGAUUCUAUGAUAGUAAGCGAUGUAUUUUCAUCAGGUGCUUAUAGUAUGAGCAAUUUGAGUAUCAACUCCCAAGAUCGUUUAUUAUCACUUCUUCCCUCCAUUGAAAUGCAAAAUUCGUACGGUGAGUUUAAAUUGGUUUUACAGAGUAUGAUAUUGAUCAACUUUGAAAGCGGUGAAUCCUUCACAGCUGUUAGACAAUCGAAUAGCCUUAUACAUGAAGCAACUGAAGAUGAUGAGUGGCUAUUAUAUGAUUCCAAAUUUUCAAUGGAUAAUUUAGAAAUCGUAACUUUGAAUUAUUUGAUGGAUAUAUAUGCCGAUUUUGUAAAAAUAUUUUUUUAUUCGAUGGUAAUAAUUAACCUAGAAUACCCACAAGCGAUCACGUUCGCAACAGAUAAACAUAUUAAUAAUAAUUUGAUUAAUAGUGAUGGUUCGAGUGCCAAUUUAUCUUUGGAUUCAAAUAUCUCUCCACUUGCUUCGAAUUUUUUAUCUGUAAAUGACAAAGAAGUUGCGGUCUCCGUACGAAAUCCCCUAUUACCAUAUAUUCCUAAUUCGGAUGACAAUCAACAUAAUAAUAAUAAUAAGACCACGUUCGAAAAACCAUCUUCCAAUCGGGAUGAUGAAGAUUCUGAUUGUGAUUCUGUAUUAGAAUACCCUAUUCCAGAAAUAUUUUCCCCAGAUACUAUAGCAUCCAACAAAGCAACUGCAUUAAGGUCAGUAACUACUAAUAAUAGUGAAAGCACAUAUAAAGUAUUAAGUAGAACAUACACAGGUGAUAAGAGUAUAGGAAGAAAUACAACUGUCACCGAUGGUGGUGAUAAUAACAACGAAACUCUACUCAAACUCUUAACUAUAACACCGACGAAUCACUUUGAUACAGAUCUAUCCAAGUAUUCAACAACUCUAACUACUAUGACAACUGUGGAAAGAUCGAUAAGUCAGAAAUCAUCCACUAAUAAUGAUAAGCAAAAAAGUAGUUCAAAAUCUAGUAUUAAGAGUAAAUCGAAACAAGGACAUUUUGAUAAUAAAGCUGAUACUGUUGUCAAUAACUUAAAAGGAAUUAAACAACAGAUUCAUAAACAGGGACAUGCUUCUAAAACGAAGUCAAGUCAAUUAAAGGACUCAAAAUGUGUUCUCAUGUAG